AUGUCAACAUCAUUUGCUAAUUUAUUUCGCAAUUCACGGCUUGCAACAUAUGAUCGUACGAUUAGUCAAGUGUAUACAACUCCUUUAAAAAAUAAACAAACGGGUGAUUGGGGUUUAAAACGAAAUUUACCUGCAGUGAUCCGUACUCGUUAUGUUACUAUUGAUGCUUUAGACACCGCAGAACAUCAAACACCUUGGAAGUCGGGUAAUGAUCAAGUGUUAUUUAUUAAACGCUGGAAAGAAAAUUUCCCUGAUUCAAAGAAACCUGUUCCUCGUUUGGAUAGAGAGCAAUUUAAUAUUACAAACAUGACCCCUGCCAAUUUUAAAUGUUUCCUUCAACAAUGUGCUAAACAUGCUCCUGAAUUUCAACAAUUAUUAAAAAAGAAAGAACUUGUACCUGAACAAGUCUAUGAUUAUUUAAAUAUCACAUUUAAAGAAAAUCCCGCUGAAAGUCCUAUAGGUCCUACCUUUUCUGAAUAUACCUCAAAGACAUCUUAUUCUGUUCAAGGUCGUAUAUUAAAUUCUGAAAAGGGUGGUUAUGCUGUAGGUGUAGGGGGUGUAGUCGCUUUCUUACCAAAGCGUCAUUCUUGGAUGUUAAGUCAAAAGGGGGAUAGACGUGUUCGGACAUUUUAUGUUGAGAGUGCUUGUAUAGAUGAAGAUUCGAAACCUAGAGUGACUCUAACAACAGAGCCCCCUAUCGACGAUGCAUCUCAUUCUUUCUCAUCCUUAUUCGAUCAAAAAGGAAAUCAUAGUCAUCCUUUAUCAACGAAAGAAAUGUUUUUAACUAAAGGAAAAGUGAAGAGGAGAAUUGAUGAUGAUGAUCAAGUCAAACCCAAUCCUGAUCAUGAUAAACUAAUGGAUAGAAUGUUCAAUUUAAUGGAGGAUAAAUAA